AUGCUAACGAUCAAAUGUAUUCAAUUGAUUCCUGCGCAAUAUGAUUAUCUGACCGAAUAUUCGAUACAGAAUUAUUUGGUAAAGAAAAGUACGAAUUGUUAUGAUGUUGUAUCGUAUGAUUCGUCAUCGAGGGUUCUCUUCUCAAAUCAGUGUCAAGAAUUAUGUCCGGAACAAUAUUGUCAACUAUUUGAUUCCCAACCAAAUACAACGAUUUUCAAUAUAUUUUAUUCUGAUUCGUCGACAUAUGAUAGCAUGAGUUCAACAAAUGAUGGAACACUUUCUUAUGAUUAUUUAUAUUUUGAUACGUGUUCGGCUGAUAAUCAUCAACAUCGAGUACUCAUUAUCAUUGUCUUUGUUCUUGCUGGAUUUAUUGCCCUGACGACAGUACUUCUUAUUGUCAGAUGUAUAAUUCGUCGAAAACGCUUAAAAGAAGGCGACUGGCAUCCAUACGACUGGCGUUGGAUUCGAGAUCUGGUUCUAUGUCAACAUUUAACCGAUGGUCAUCCGCAAAAUCGACCUGAGAAUGAACCAAAUCCAUUGUACUUUAUCGAAUAUAAUACUCAACCAAGCGUCGAUAACAAUCGACCACAAACAACGAGUUACCAUGAUUCAAAGUCUCGUCCGCAGGUGUUACCGACAAGUAGCCCAAAUAUUGUCGUGAAGCGACGACGAAAUUAUGUAAAUGGCUAUAGUACAGACAGUAAUUCGGUUCCGUCACAUAUCGACGGUUCAUCUGGCUUGAGUAUUCCAGCAAAUCCAUUACCGCUAGCUAUAAUUCACCAUUCCGACAGUGGUGAAUCCUCGAGCAACGAUUCUGUUGAUGCAUCAAGUCGUUUUCACUCUCAACAUCAACCUCAAUCAUCCAUUCUCAACGCAUUGAAUAGACUAUCUUCGAAAGCAAGCAGUGUACUAACAGGUACACAUUCGUCACAUGGAUACGAUUCGCUUGGAGAACUCUAUCAUGAACAUUAUUAUUCAGGAUUAGAUUUCGAUCAGUUUUCUUUUCUCUUCUGUAACUACGAACAAAAGACAUUAUUCUUUCUUAAAAAAGAAGUCGUUUCAUUAAAACAUUUGCUCUCGUCGGUCAACAAAGUCAAGGAAAGCAAAUCUGUUUCAAACGUCACGAGUAAUCUAAAAUAUGUAUUCUAUCGAUCAUGUUAA